GAGACAAAGCCCACAUGCCUCCUUCUUCCUCAGGGCUGGCCCUAAAUAGCCCAUGAAGCCGGCAUGUCGAUUCACAGAGGUAUAAACGUCUGUCUAUCGGUGGAUCCCCAGGGCUCACAAGGUCUCAGGGGAGCGAGUGAGAGUGGGUGCUGAGUUCCAUGCAUAUCCGGUGCAAACACAGCUUUAGUCAUUCUUUUUGUGGCUCUCCACACGGCCUGAAGCAAUAGCUGCUUCACUUCCUCCUCCUUCUCAGGCCUCUCCACAGACCCCAUCUUAAACUGGGCUCAGCAAGGACUUCUGCUUUCUAUGUCCGUCCCUUGUUGACAAGAGAGGUGCGGCAGAGUGGAAAAAGAAUCGUCUUGUUAUGGUUUAGGCUUUUGAAAUGGAUCCCAAGCAUUUCAUCCUAAUGCUCUUCUGUGGCUACUUGACAAACACAAUUCUAACAGAGACACAAGCAUAUUCAACACUCUCCCCUCAGACAGUUACUCCUUUUAACUCAUCAGUGUCAGAUACAGCAGCUAAUUUUGGAAACGGAACAGAGAACCCUUUCAGUCAAGCAUCACCACUGAUCAACACUCCUUCAGGACAACAACCACCAUCACCCAUCUCCAGGUCCUCUGGGAAACCACCAACUUCACCUGUUCCUGGAUCCUCUGGGCAACUACCAGCAUCAACUGUUCCCACUUCCUCUGAACAACCACCAUUAUCAUUCAAACCCAAGUCUUCUGGUCAAACACCAGUGCCACCUGUCCCCAGGUCCUCCAGGCAACCAGUUGUCUUCAAUUCCACCCGGCAAUCACCAGGAUCACCUGUCCCCAGCUUCUCUAGGCCAUCACCAGGAUCAUCUAUCCCCAACUCCACCAGGCAGUCACCAGUGCCACCUGUCCCCAGGUCCUCCAGGCAGUCACCAGUAUCACCUGUUCCCAGCUCCACAAGGCAAAGACCUGUAACACCAGUCCGCAGCUCCUCCAAGAAGCCAUCAGCAUCACCCGGCCCCAACUCCACUAGGCGAUCAGCAUCAACAGCUGUUACUCCAGGAUUCCACCAAGGGAAUGACGAUCCCCCCACAACAAAACCUCAAAGUUUCACCGCCAAUUCAAUAGCUGCUGUGUUAAUUGGCGCAAUUCUAACUUUUAUGAUAGUCGCUAUAUUUAUGAUUGUACUCUGGAAAUGCUUUAGAAAACCAAUCCCCAAUGACCAAAACUGGGCUGGCCGGUCUCCCUUUGCCGAUGGAGAAACUCCUGAUAUGUGCAUGGACUACAGCAGAGAAAAUGGAAAAUCUAUAAAACGUUCGUCAAUUGUUUCACUUGAGAUCUGGAAACCAAACAAAAGCAUGCUCUUAACAGAUGAUUUGGAUGUUAAAUUGUUUGACUCAAGUGAAAAUCUUGAUGAAUGUCCUAAGUCGGACUUGGAGAAAAUGAAAACCCAACCAAAUGAGACAUCAGAGGAGAGUGCUGACAGAUCGACAGUUGGCACUGCUAUUUCUUCGUCAGAGGAGACGGAACUGACUCCAGCUCCUCCUCUUCUUGAUUUAGAUGGGCCAGAAAAUCAGAAGCCUGACUCAUCUAACUUACUUGAAAAUGAUUUCUCUCAUCUGCCACCUCCUCUAGACUGUCUCAACUCUGAGGAUGGGCAGACAAUUCCUCCUCUCUCUGACUCUUCCGAGCUGCCCCCUCCUCCAGAAGCUCUCCUCAAAGACCAGGAGGAACACAACUCAGAAGCUCACAAUGCGACUCCACUCACAUUAGAGACCCAGUUUCCUAUUCCUCCAGACUCUAGUCAACAAGCCUUGGAUGAAUCACUGCCACCACCACCUGCGGAAUUAUUGUAAAUGAUCACAGCUUGCUGAUGUGAAGACUUUUUGAAAAGAUUAGCUUUAUUUUUUCCUUUUCAAUGAUGGGAAAAAUGAACUGCCAUCCAACUUAAGACUUCCACUCGAUCUGCUUAAAACUCUUAAAUUCAUGUAAAUAUUAGAAAGUGCUUCCCCUGGAGUAGAAAUUCUUUUCUGGUACUUGAGGAUUUGCUGAGCUUGGCACAGUAUCUAACUGCUAAAUCUGAUAGCACAGAAAAUAUCUGCUUAAUGCUUAAAGUUAACAGCUAGCUCUCUGUUGAGGAGUUUUAUGGGAUAAUUGUCAUCUCUACAGUAAUAAAAGAGGGCCUGUAAUAACAAGGUGUUGUACUAAAUUUCUUAGAAGUUAUAAUCUACAACAUGGCAUCAUUUUCUAAGAUGUUUAUAUUCAUUUCUUCAAUUUAAUUAAAAC